AUGGCUUUAUUCUCUAGGCCCCAAGCCUACACAUGUGCCCGCUGCUUGGUGCUUGCAAGCACCAGGCGCACCUUCUCCGCUUCCUCUGUCGCCCGAACCGCAACGACACAAACACGAGGUUUCAACUCUGGCUUCACAAGCAGCUACGAUCCGAAUUCCGAACACGGCCGAGGCCCCAUGUUCAAAAAGAAUAGUUUUGGGGUUCCUCAGUUCUACCCCCGAGACCUGAAGAAGCGGGUUGACGAUUACGUCGUUGGGCAAGACCGAGCAAAGAAGACGAUAUGCUCCACAAUAUUUAACCACUAUCAGGGCUUGCGGAGGAGGAGACAUCAGGAACAUGAGGAGAGGGUGCAGAGGGAAAAGGCAGAGCGACAGCGGUAUGCCCGGGACAGGGACAUCCUUGAGAAGCGUGAUACCCAUCCUGUUCAAGGUCAGCGCGAUCGUUACUCUGCCUUCCAGCGCUUCCCAGCUGAUGAUGAAUGGCCUCCAGACGAGUUCCCUGGUCACGCUGAAGCUACACAACACUUGGGAGAGGGUUACGGCUCUUCCAACGGGUUCGAUGGGUCUUACCUGUCCGAAGAACCCCCGGCUCCCCCGCAGGUCAAGAUUGAUAAGAGCAACUUGCUCCUCAUCGGUCCUACUGGUGUCGGAAAGACGUAUAUUCUUGAGACUUUGAGCAAGAAGCUCAACGUGCCGUUCACGAUAUCCGACUGCAACUCCUUUACACAAGCCGGCUACAUCGGUCAGGAUGUGGAGACAUGUGUAGAGAGAUUGCUGAUUGAAUCAAACUACGACAUCAAAGCGACCGAACAUGGCAUCAUCGUUUUGGAUGAAUUCGAUAAGCUGGCCAAGAGGGAGAGCAUGAAUGGCCGGGAUGUUGGCGGAGAAGGUGUCCAGCAAGCUUUACUCAAGCUCGUUGAGGGCUCCAAAGUGACCAUCAAUGUCAAGGACAAUCGAUCUUCGCGGUCAACACCACCCAUCACCACCAACUACACGUCCUCGAGCUCAACGUCGGCCCCCCAGUCCACUCCGCCGCAGGCGAAGGUCGACCAAUACACCAUAAAUACUACAAACAUUUUAUUUGUCUUCUGCGGCGCCUUUGUUGGUCUUGACAAAGUUGUCGUGCGGAGAGUGUCGAAACCCUCAAUGGGCUUUGGGUCCGAGUUACGAGGCAAGCAGAGCCUUUCCGGUAAUCAACACGAUUUGCCGCGCCACCUGUUUUCGCAUUUGCCUCACGUUAGCACAGAUGCGUCUGCAUCUUCAUAUACCCCCCUCGACCUGACAACACCGGUCGACCUCCAGACGUUCGGUUUCAUUCCCGAGCUGAUUGGCCGAGUUCAUAACAUCUGCGCUUUGAGUCCUUUGUCUUUGAGUGAUCUCUACAGGAUCCUUACAGAGCCACGAAACUCUCUAGUCGCACAGUACACUGCACUUUUCGAAACCUACCCUUCCCGCCUGCACUUUACCAAGAAGGCACUAUACGCCAUUGCCGAAAGAGCUGUCAAGGCUGAGACCGGAGCCCGUGGUCUGAAGAUGGAAAUGGAGCGUGUUCUCGCGGAACCGAUAUUUGACGCCCCGAUGCCUUAUGUCUUAAUCACUGAGGGCUGUGUGAAAGGCACCGAGAAGGCCGGUUACUGGGGCAAGGAUGGCCGCAUGGAGUUGGAGCGAAGGAUGGCAGAUGAGGACGUCGAACCCAGCUCGCGCAUUCCCGACAUAACCUUUGAGCAGUUCCGGGAGGCCGGCCAGAGCGGCGCUUGA